CACUUGGUGCAGCUUCCGCACAACAUUUUCGAGCAGAAACAGAUCGCCAGUUCGGACCGCCCGGUCUACUGCCGUCCCGUUUCGGUGAAGUACGACGCUCUGACCGCAUCGGAGAUCGCGAGGGUGUCCACGGUGAAGGUAAAUACGGAAAUCCUCUAUGACGAAAACCGCAACCGCCAGCCCUACGGCCCGCUCGACCUCCGGUUUGGGCCCUCAGAGCGGAACCUGAUCUGCAAGGAAUGCGGGGAGAGCAUCAUGGCGUGCCCGGGGUGUCCCGGGCAUUUCGGGUACGUCCCAUUAGCGUUGCCGGUGUUUCAUCCGGGGUUCUACAAGCACAUUUACCACAUGGCGCAGUGUAUGUGCAAGAGCUGCGGGAGGCUGUUGCUGGACGAUAAAAUGCACCAUGAAGCAGGAUCUGCAACGUCAGGUGGAACUGCAGGAGGAUCUAGCUC